AUGAAAACAAUAAUCCUUGCCUUAGCACUCAUUGUGUUAGCCUCAUCAACAUAAGCUGAUGUCAUUGCAACAAUCAAGAAGAUUGACUAAUCACCAUUCGGAAGAACAUUGUUCGACACCAUCUGGCUCGAACUCUAAACAGGAGAUCCAUUAGACAGAUUACUCUAAACCUUGACAGAUUUGGAAGACAGAUAUGUUGCUGAAUAAAAGGAAGACGAUGCCAGAAACCACGAAUACUAAGAUGCAUGCACAGUUGUAAGACAUAUACACUUAUACAAUUCUAGGACAUCUCAGCUUUCGAUAAAGAUUUGGCUGAAUCUAACAGAAAGAAGAUUGAAUUAGAAGCUAGAUUAGAAGGAUAAUUAUACCCAUAAAGAGGAAUCUUAUAAGGAUUANCAUUCUCCAAUUAAAUAUUAGGCAAAGAGAGAUUUUGAUGAUUCAAGAGAAAUUCUAUAUUAAUUAUAAAGAGGUUAUUCAAAAGAAAAGUAAUCAAUAUUGAAGACAGAACCAGAUGAUCCCUAUAGAAUUGGUAGUAUUUGUGAGAAUAGAAACUCUACAAGUUUAAAAAGACAGUUUGGGCAUUAAUAUAUUAAUGAAUCUCAAAGAUUCCCAACAAAACAUCAUAUAGAUAUGCCUUGUGAUGAUGAAUUUUCUUAAUUUUUUAAAGAAGAUGAAAUUUAGAAUAAUUUAAAGAAUACAUAAAAAAAUACAAACUAUUAAAAUUAAAUUAGUCAAUAAACAAAAGAAAAAAUUUUAGAUUUGUUAUUUCUAUCAACAGGAGAGUUAAAAAAAAAAUUUAAUGAAUAAAGUAGAAUUUAAUAUUCAAAAAUCACUAAUAAAAUAUAGCAAAACAAACCAAUAGUACCAAAAAGUAGAUUUCCCAAUGACUUUUUUAAUGUUUUGCAUUCUAAUGAAUCUCAAUUAUUUUGA